GUUUCUUCAAAAUUUGCAGACACUUUGGGGCACCAGCUGUUAACCUCUCCUCUGCUCUGCACUGCACCCAAACUAAGCAACAAUAAUAAACAAAACCCUGCAAGAAUCAAAGGCAAAAAAGUACUACUUUAUUCUCUCUCUCUCUCUCUCUCUCUCUCUCUCCCCUACUUCCUCUCUAGUCUCUUCAUCCCCAUGUUCUUGUACACGAAGGUUCCUUUUGUUCUAUAUUCCCUGAAUUUCUAAGCUUUGGAGUGUAGGUCGCUUUCAAUCAACUUUCCAGACUUAGAAGAAAAGUCAAAAUUCAUAAUCUUCUUCUUUUCCUGAGAAACCAAUUAUAUGAUUCUAAAAACUCUAAUGGAAGAAAAGCAGUUAGAUUUUAAUCAGCCACUUUUAUCAGUAAGACGAUUCUCAUCAACAGUGGUGGCAUCUGAAAGCGACAGUAAAAGGAAAACCAAUAAGUCAUCCGCACCCAAACUACCUCCUCUUCCUGUAUAUAAAUCUGAGUUAAAAUCAGGUCCUGUGAGUAAUCCUGGAACCGUUCCCUUUGUGUGGGAGAAGAGUCCUGGGAGGCCAAAGGAAGAAGGUAAAUCGGAAACUCUGCUUCUCGAACGACAUGUCAUUACUCCAAAGCUUCCACCUGGGAGGGCCUCAAAGGUUGAACAGAAAGAUUCUGAUAAAGUUCCUAAAGCUACAUUAGUUACUCAGUCCGGGAUAGGAAGCAGCAUUUCCAGCUCUCAGAGUUGCUCAUCUUCGGACAAUAAGGUGACGACAAAACAUGAAAGCAUAAAAGAGAUAAUUCAGGAAAAGACAAGUUCUGGUUCGGAUGAUGGGGACGAGAUAUAUCAAGAUGCUAUUGAUACACUUUCUAGAACAGAAUCAUUCUUCAUGACUUGUAGUAUCAGUGGUUUGAGUGCAUGGGACGAGCAAGAGGUCCAACCGUCCACGAGUUUCUCAGCUGAUCAACAGGCUCGUGAUUUCAUGAUCGGGAGGUUCUUGCCUGCAGCGAAGGCAAUGGCUUCUGAAACAUCUCAAGUUCAAUACACCUCUAAGAAACCUGUUGUUAUGAAAGAACAGCCAAGACUGGUAAAGAAAGUAGUAAAUGGAGAAAAGCCUCGUCCCCUUAACCCCAAAUGGCAAAAUGUCAUGCCACAUUAUGCCCAAAAUAUUGGUAGGGAAGAAAGCGAAUAUGAAAGCGAUGAUAAUGACAUUGCUGAGAACUUUGCACCCAAAGUUUGUGGGCUAUUUCCUCGUUUCUGCCUUUUGAAUCCAAUGCCAGGAUUAAGAAUGGAGGAUAGGAUUCUGAAUUCUCCAGUCCAUCGAAUGCAUGGUGCAUCUCAGAGAACAACCGCAAAACGGCAUACUGGAACUGCUAAUUAUGGAAAAAGUUUAGCAGGUACUCAGUCUGGCUUCACAAAAGAGAAAGAUUCUGCAGGUAUUCCUGAAAAAUCUAAUCAUGUUAUUGAUCCACAUCGAAGAGGUUGCAGCGAAUUUUCAUCUGCUGAGAGAACUCGAUUCGAAUCUAUCUGUGAAAGCCCUGUUGUUGAGAAAACUCUAUAUGUUGAUUCUGUACGGAAGGUUAAGUCUUCAACUUCAUGUUCUUCUGAAAUUAAGGGUCAAAUAAAUCAAGUCAAUCAACGAAGGGAUAAUUUCAAGACUUCAAGAAAAGACAGUGUGAUUGAUAAAAAUCCUACUAUAAAUUCUUCACUUGAAGAUUGCAAACCAGUGGAUAUUGCAGAUGAGAAGACAACAUUAACUCCUGAAAGUUUAAUGUCUCUUGAUUCCUCUCGCCUUCUUUGUUCUGAUAAUUCUAGUAAUAAUAUGAAGGUGGAAAUUGAAAAUAAUUCCAACACCACAUACUUGGAAAAGGAAGGGUUGACAAAAACUGGCUACAAAGAAAAUAACUUAGAUCAUGAGUUGGUUGUGACUUCAAGUCAAAAAAUCAUUGGAAGCAAGCAAACAGAAUCACAAUCUCGAUUUCCUGGUAGUAAGAGAAGUUGUAAGGACCAAACUGUGAAUCCCAUGUCACAGAAGAAUUUGAAGUUGACUGGCGAUUCAGAAGUUGAUCUAAAGAUCCACGGGGCUACCGAAUCUGUCGAUCAAGAAUGUGCUCAAAGCUCUAGCCAGGAUGACAAUAAUACUUUGGCAAGCUUAAACAUGGCAAGUGAUGGAAAGAUGGGCUUAGAAAGAAAAUUGCUUACAUGUUUAGGAUGUAGAGAAACAUCAAAUGCGAACUCUGCAAAGACUCCUCUUGCCCUUCCUUUGCCAAAAGCUCCUUCAGAAUCUUGGUUAAAACGCACUUUACCUGCAGUUUCCUCGAGGAAUUUACCCACAUGGUCUAAUGUUGCCACCAGUACUCAUGCUCGAACUCAAACUUCCAAGACAGCAUUAGCUGAUCCUAAGUGGGAAAUCAUUGUUAAAUCUUCUAAUGUACAUCACGGACAGUUGCGGCUGGCUGAGGAACCUCUACCCCCCAUUCCUGAAGCUUGAAUUGUCUGGACUCUGGAGAAGAGCAAUUGACCAUUUGUCUUACUUCCAAGAUGUGGAAUAAUUUGGUAACGUAAUUUGUUCUAUUUUGUUUUAUUUUCCCGUCCUAAGUUGAUCUCCCUUUUGCUUCAAUAUACAUGAGGUGGUAUACAAGUCAGCGAAAUAAAUCGCAAUUUCCUUACCUUGUAAAUGUCAUAAGUUUCAUGAAAAAAAAUCUGUAUAAAUUAUAUCAUCUUCAAGUAAUGUUCUUGUAAUAUAACAGUCCUAAAGUUUUCUUC